GCCGGCGCGGCGCGCCCCCGCGCCCCAAGCCCGAGUAAGCCAUUGCCACAAUACACAUUAUACAGCAUUAUCUAGCUAGAAAUUUUUUGCGGUUAAUUAUCGCUCUUGUAUUGCACAAUACACAUUAUACAGCAUUACCUAAAAAUAAAUUUUUGCGGUUAAUCAAUUGCCUGGGCAGAACUAAUCAGCCCUCUCAUUUGUACAGGCCAAAGCACCCAGUGAAGGUCCAUGUCUGGGCAGGCAUUAGCAUGCGUGGAAGAACUGGGAUCCGCAUCUUUGAUGGAAUCAUGAAUGCCGAGUCCUAUGUUACCAUCCUGAGCGAGACUCUCCUGCCAUUCCUGCAUGAAGUCUAUCCUGAUGGACACCGCUCAUGCAGGAUAAUGAUCCCAAACACACCUCUCGACAUGCAGCCCAGUUUUUUGAAUCGGAGGGAGUGAACUGGUGGAAAACCCCACCCGAAAGCCCAGAUCUAAAUCCCAUUGAAAACUUAUGGCACGAGCUGAAAGAAUUUCUACGCUGUGAAAUAAAGCCAACGACAAAGGAUGAACUUGACGUGCCUUCACAUUGUAGGACUAAAUUUAGUAACAUCAGGAAGAAUGAAGUUAGGUUCGGAGAAAGAUAUUUAAAAAAAAGGUCAGGUGACCACAGAGAGCAAGUCUGAGCUAAACUGCAGAGUCCUACGAAGACAGUAAG